AUGGCGCCGCACGCACAGAGCUCGUAUAUAUCGGCGGCGUUCAACCGCGCCAAUCACAUCGCAGACUGGGCCGAUGCUCCACACAGCACCAUCGCUUAUGCGGCCAACCGCUCGAUCGCCAUUUGGGAGCGGCCCGGCCACGCCGACUCGCCCGGUGUGACUCGGCUGCUUCCGACGCCCUUCAAGAAGGCGAUCACAUGCCUCAAGUUUGCGAAGCUGAGUUCGCUCUCAGCGCAUCCGUGUAUCGUUGCCGGAUCAGCCGACGGAUCGAUUGGCGUGUGGACUCUCGACGGCCAAGCCGAGUGGCAGCGGGUUCACACCAUCAAGGCGGCACAUCAAGGCUCAGUCUCGGCGUUGGGUGUAGCGCGCUCGCCAUUCGCAAGCUCUGCCUCCGAUGUGAUCGUGUCGGGCGCUUCCGACAUCCUGCUCAAGGUGUGGUCGCUGCCAAAGGAUGCGUCGCAAUCCGCCUCGGUGGUGCAGACGAUCGAUCUCAAAGGACGAUUCCCACUCGAUCUCUCGCUCAUUCAGCUGCCCGGAUCAUCCGCCAGCGCAAGUGCGCCAGCCAGUCUGCUGCUCGCUCUCGCCACAACCUCAAACAGGAUCGAUCUCUACACCUCCUCCACGGCUCCGGAAAGCUCCGACCGUCCCGGCUUCGAGUUCAAGCUCUCGCUCGAAGGCCACGAGGACUGGGUCAAGUCCCUCGAUCUCUGCAGUACUCUGACGGCAGAUGCAUCCCAGAACGAGCUUGACACGCUCAUGCUCGCCAGCGGAUCGCAAGAUGGCAGCGUCCGCCUCUGGAAGAUCGCCCCAAGCCUGGCCGACGAUGCCGAUCACCAACCCGACGCUGCUCCCACUUCCUCGCGCGCAGAUCACGACUUUGAGCAGAUGGCCUCCAAGAUCGAGUCGGAUCAGAGCACAAAAGCUGGAGAGAUCUCGACGCGCGCUCAUCCCUUCUCCGUCACCAGUGCGGAUGGCCUCACGCAAUCCUGGUCGGUGACGUUCGACGCCCUGCUCGUCGGCCACGACAACUGGGUCACGGGCGUUCGCUGGCAUCCCGCCGCUUCCUCGCAGGGCCAACACGUCCAUCAGCCCGCCGCACUCCUCUCGUCCUCGGCCGACAACAGUCUCAUCCUCUGGACGCCCACCGGUACAAACCCAGCAUCAACCACCCAUGCCGCCUUCCCCGCUUUCGACGCCACCUUACUCUCCAGCGGUGGUGCACGACACGCACGUGGCCCAACCAAUCAUAUUCUCGCCUCGUCCAUCUGGAUGCCCUCGGAGCGUUUCGGAGAGGUGGGCGGUGCCAGCAACCUCGGCUUCUUCGGCGCCCUCUGGAUGCCUUCCUCCUUCAGCUCUUCCACCGCCGAUCCACGACAGCCCGUCUCGGCCGUCGUGGCGCACGGAUGGGGAGGCUCUGCGCACAUCUGGACGCUGUCUCGCCCAUCGGCCUCGUCUUCCCGCGUGCAGUGGCAGGUAGGCGACCCCGUGACAGGUCAUUUUGCCGCUGCCAAAUCCGUCGCAUGGGAGCCCUGCGGCGACUAUCUGCUCAGCUGUUCCGACGACCAGACCACUCGGCUCCACGCCCGUCCCCUUCAGAAGUUUGCACAGGCGCUCGAUCCACGCACCGCCACCUGGCACGAGGUUGCGCGCCCGCAGUCGCACGGCUACGAUCUCCAUUCGGUCUCGUGGCUGGAUCGCCUCAACUUUGUCUCGGCCGCCGACGAGAAGGUGCUGCGUGUCUUUGCUGCCCCGCGCGGCUUUGUUGGAACGGUAGGCAAGCAUGGUCUCGACUGUGCCGUGCUCGGCUCGGAGCACGACUCACGCGCAUCCUUCCGCCCCACCCACGGCGAGCAGGCAUUGCUGCUCUUGUCCCUCGAUCCACAAGACGGCCUGCUUCAAUCGGCCAAGAGGCACGGCGAUUUGGUUAAGAUGGCCGUGCAGAGGUGCUGCAACCAGCAGGGCGACUCCGUCGUUGCCGUCGUCUCGUCUAGCCUCUUCGACCGCCCCUUCUCAGGUCUCAGCUUCAAGCAGAUCGAGCUCUACCUCAAGUGGCUCUAUGCGCAGGCUUGGAGCGUCGCCAUCAAGCGAGAGCUCAUGCUCGUCGACAUCACUGUCCUGCUGGUGCCGGAAUCCUCUUUGGAUACCGUCUCGAGGCGCCUCUGCAGUCGUCACACGCAGGUGCUCAUCGAUUCCGAAAAAGGCCAGUUGGCCGAGGCUACGAGCAAGAGCCUCGGUGUGACUGUCACCCAGCUCCAGUCCAGUAUCGACCUCCGAGAGCCUUUCGACGCAGUCGGACGCGACGAUGGCAAGGGUCUUGUCUGCUACCCUGUUGUUGCGCUCGGCGGCACUUUUGAUCACCUUCAUGUUGGCCACAAGAUUUUGCUCACCAUGGCCUCGCUCCUCGCCGAUCGCGAGAUCAUCGUCGGCGUGACGGACGAUGCCAUGCUCAUCAAAAAGUCCAACGCCGCCUUGCUCGAGCCGAUCGAAGAGCGCAUUGCGACGGUCAAUGCAUUCAUCAGUCUGGUGCGCCUGCCCUUCUCUCCGCUGGUGCAGCGCGUAGUCAAGCUCGAGGACGUGGCGGGGCCCGCGGCCACCGAGGCCGAUCUGCAGGCUCUGGUGGUUACCGACGAGACGCUCUCCGGCGCCGACUUCAUUGAUGGCAAGCGAAAAGAAAAUGCGCUGGCGUCGCUCGAGAAUUGGGUGAUUGGCGUGGUGGGUAGCGAAGGCGAGACCGACCUGCAGGGCGAUGCCAAAGCUCUGGCCGAGAGCAAGAUCGGCAGCACUGCCAUCCGCAAGUGGCUGGCCGCACAGGGUCCGCGUCGUGUCCAGGCGCUCGAGACGGCAAAGCGACACCGCGUUUCGCACCAGCUUCGCCUCUGCAGCAGCGACGAAGCGGAUAAGCCCGAGGGCGAGAACGAAAAGAUGGCAGCUCGACCGGUGGGAGCGAGCGUGCCUCCUCUCGGACUCUCGAAUCGCGCCGUAUUCGAGGGCUCGACGAUCCAAGACGAGCCGUCUGCGAGCGGGCAGCCGAUCGGCACGGCGAAAGAGUCUCUGUCUGCGGUGCUGCAGCAUCCUCCAUCGGAAGAGCAGCUGUCGGUCGAGACGCUGUGGCCCGAGCUGGAGAAAUUGUACGGCCAUGGCUACGAGCUGCUGUGGGUGAGCGCCAACCCUGCCCACCCUAUCGAUGGCGGGCGCACCGCAUUGGGCGGGCGGUUUGUGGCAUCGUGCUGCAAGGCAACGAGCGAGGAGCAUGCAGUGGUGCGCGUCCAUGACCGCCACCAGAACUGGCGCGAGUGUGCCGUGCUCGACGGGCACACGCUCAGCAUAACGCGCAUUCAGUGGAGCCUGGACUCGCGCUACAUCCUCACUUCAUCGCGCGAUCGCAGCUGGCGCAUGUACGAACGCAAGGGCGCGCUCCAAGGCGACAGCGAUGUGCGCUUCGAGCCAUUCACGGGCGAACGGUCACACGCGCGCAUCAUCUGGGACUGCGCGUGGUCCACCGACCUGUCGCGGCCGUACGUCUUCGCCACGGCGUCGCGAGACAAGACGGUCAAGAUCUUUGAGCUCGCUGCGUCCAAUGCCGACGGAAAGCCGUUCUCGCUGCUGUCAACGGUCAAGUUCAGCGAGGCUGUGACGGCUGUCGCGUUUGGAGCAGGGCUGGUGCUGGCGGUGGGCAAGGAGGAUGGCUCGGUGGAAAUUCUGGCCAAGUCGGAUGGCGAGGAGGGAGAGACGUGGCAGUCGACGCUGCAGGUGAAUGACAUGGCGGCGGAGCAGAUCAACCAGCUGGCGUGGCGGCCACCCGUGCUGGAGGAUGGCGACGAUGCUGUGCUCGCCUCGGCGUCGGAAGACGGUAUGGUUCGCCUGACUAGGGUUGUGGGGCUUUGA